GGGGCCGGGAGCAUUUGCAUAUUUUUACCUUUGUCUCCGAAGAUCAGCCAAUGAGGGCCUCGGCUGCCUGCGGGCCUCCCCCACCCCCCGAAGGUUUCUGAGCUGGCGCUGGCAGCUAGCUAAGAAAGCAGGGUUUUGUGACUGCUGUUCCUGCAGUGCUGCCGUGGUCACUUGGGUUCUACCUCCCCUUUUACACUUCUAGCAGGGGAGGCAAAGGUUUGUUUUCCCUCCCUUGAAGGAAGAGGGGAAUUAUCCAGAUCAGGGGACGCUGCGGCAGCGGCUACAACCUCAGGGGCGCGAUGGUUUGCGGCGGCUUCUCUUGUUCCAAGAAUUGCCUCUGCGCGCUCAACCUGCUUUACACGUUGGUCAGCCUGUUGCUGAUUGGAAUUGCAGCUUGGGGCAUUGGCUUUGGCCUCAUCUCCAGUUUCCGUGUUGUUGGAGUAGCAGUCGCCGUUGGAAUCUUUCUGUUCCUGAUUGCUCUGGUGGGACUGAUUGGGGCCAUCAAACACCACCAGGUCUUGCUUUUCUUUUAUAUGAUUAUACUUUUGCUAGUGUUUGUUAUACAGUUCUCCGUCUCAUGUGCUUGCCUGACACUGAAUAAAGAACAGCAGAGCAAACUUCUAGAGGUUGGGUGGAACAACACAAACAAUGCAAGGCAGGAUAUUCAGCGGAAUCUAAACUGUUGUGGCUUCCAUAAUGUCAGUGACGAUACCUCUUGUUCUGCUGAAUGUUUUGAAACACAAAGCUGUAAACCCUGUGCACCUAUAAUUAAGGAAUAUUCUGGAAUGGUCUUGAGAUUUGUAGGAGGCAUUGGUCUCUUCUUUAGUUUCACAGAGAUCUUAGGAGUGUGGCUGACUUACAGAUACCGGAAUCAGAAAGAUCCACGUGCAAAUCCUAGUGCAUUUCUUUGACUUGGAAAUGUUUCCAGGGACUAAACAUUUUUUCCUCUGUGGUUUUAAAAAGCUGAAUUCUCCACUGAUCUGUCUACUCUCCAUGUUAGUUGGGGGCAUGUGCCUUUGAGAUUAGAAAACAGAUCUAGAACUGCUUUUCAUCCUAUUUUCUAGUGUUUUUUGAAGGAACUAGUCUGAACUGCUUGUUGUCAAUUGUAUAACUAAACAGAACAUGAAUUCUGUAGGAAUGUAGUGAUCCAGUAGAAUUAUUCAUGUUAUUCUUCUCUCAAUGGAUUAGUGUUACUUUUAAUUUAAGGAAGGGUUUAUUUUACUUUUAAUUUAAGGAAGGAUUUAUUUGACCUUAUAUCAGGUGGGCUGCUGUUGGUUCACACCAGUUUGGGUGAACCAGCAAAUGCCACCACUGGGUGACCCUGCCCCUCCCUUCCCUCUCACUCCUUAUCACGCCUCGCCUGCCUUGGGCAAUGACUAGAGUCAUGUACCUGGCAUAGCUGCUGUUGCUCUGCUUCCCUCACUUGCCUCGACCAUGCAGCCUAGCUGAUCUCCCUGGUGAGUCUUCCUUCAUUUCUUGCCUAACUACUUCCAUGUUGCCCCCCCCCAUGCUUGCCUGCCUUCCCCACUGCCUUUCCCAUGGCCUAGCCUGCUUGCCUGCCUUACCCAUGGCCUAGCUGCUCUCUUCCAGCUCGCCAGUUUGGGCAUUGGGAGCUUGACAGGUAGAUUGUACACCCUGAAGUCCAUCUGCUGCUCCUUCAAGUCCAGCUCUGGCUGCAGUCGACCACUGGCCAGUUUUUUUCCAGUGCUUGUGUGGGGACCCAGGAGCAGCAGCCUAUUGCAUACUUUUCAUGCCAAGUAGCCUGGGCUGGAAAAUGCAUGGCUGGGCAGAGCAGUCCUCCUUAACAAGCUCCAAACCAUUGCUGCUGCUUGAAGCCUGGGUUCCACGCACGAGCGCAGGAAGUCCGGUACUACUUUCAUGCCCAGUCAGCCCAUGCUCCCCUCUUGCUCUGGGCACCCAUUCCCCCAGCACACACACAUCCCAAAAUUUUAAGAAUUAGACCCACAGGGAGGAAAGGCACACUGAUCUCUGUCUCCUUCUAGGACCAGCCUUGGAAAAACCUGCCCUCACAAUCAGACUCCCUUUCUCCUAGCGCUCGUGCGAGAACCCAAAAUUUUUAAGAAUUAGAACCCUGGAGAGGAAAGGCACAUUGAGGCAGGCUAGUUAAGACAUGCAAUAUGCUGCCGCUAAGCUCCAGAGUUCCUCACAAGAGUACUGGAAGAAAGGGAAUCCAAUUGUGAGGGCAGGCUUUUCCAAGGCCGCUUUGGAAGGCAGCGGCAGCACCCGCAGCUGCUUUUUCUCUUGCCGUGCAAUCUUUGAGACAGUUCCCUAAAGGUAAUGGUACUGUGGGGGCAAGGAGGGAACGGUGAGGGCGAGUAGUGAAUGCUGGAGCCAAAGUAUUCAGGAGCAAAGUGCAACUUGCCUUUGCGCUGCCCAUUCUGGCGGGGGGGGGGACUUCGUCAUAGUACAUUUGCAGCAGGUGGUGGUGCUCAAGGCAUGGUCUGGGCCCAUCAGCAAUGGCAGAGAAGCAGGCACAGAGUGGGCUGCCUGUUUGCCCACCCACCGGCCAGGCUGGCCCAAAAGUGUGUUCCCCAUUGUGAGCAGCAGGAUCCAAGGUAGAGGGGAGACUGCAUGGGCAGCAGCCAGCCAGAGCACUGGCAGAAGCUGAGGGCUGGGCUGCCCAUACCUUUGAUGGAGACCUAUUUCAGAACAUCCCCUUGGCCUAGGAUGGAGUAAAAAGGCUCCAAUCUUUCCACAAGGGAAGGGAAGGUUUUAUCAGCACAGGAACAUUGCUCAGGAAUGCCCCUCACUGCUCGUCUCUGCCUGUUCAUGGCAGAGCAACUUCUCCCUCACUCGGUGUUAGCCAAGGGGAAACAGCAAAAUCACUUUUUUAUUCCUUUGCUAAAGCUGUCAUUCCCUUCUUCACACUUCUCUUCAUCGCCCAGCAGUGGAGGGGCAGAGGGAGAGGGAGGAGGGGGCAGUGGUGGAUACUAGCAUUGUAUGUGGAGCUAGCAGGAGUGACAACACACAGGAAUGUGCUUUCUCCCUCUCCCUGUCCACUGCUGGGCAAUCCCGUGUGGAGAACAGAACUGCAGCUGUAGCAAAGGAAUAAAAACUGAUUUUGCUACUUCCCCUUGGCUAACGCCUAGCAAGGGAGAAGUUACUCUGCCAUGAACGGGCAGAGACAGGCAGUGAGAGGCGUGCCCAAGCAAUGCUCCUGCACUGAUAAAACCUUCCCUUCCCCUGUGGAAAGAUUGUACACACACACACACGUUGGAUCUUUCUUUCCUCCCCCCUCCCCCCACUGGAGACCUCUGAAUUCCCUCCCCAAUCCUGCUGAUCCCAAACAGGCACCACCCACAUGGGUGAUGUAGAGUUGGCCAUGCCCAUUCAGUCACAUGACACCCAGCCACACCCACCCAGAACCAGUUGUUAAAUUAUUUGCAGCCCACCACUGCUUAUAAUGUAUUUCAUUUGUGAGAAUUUCUUUCAUUGAUCUAUUUUUUUCUCCUUUUUUGAAAGACUAAUUUAUUGGCUUAAGUGAAUUUAAUUUGAAAUAUGUUAAAGAAAUUGUGCUUUUGUUUCUUAUACUGGUAUUAGUUUGGAAGAAACCCUCUCAAUAAUCACUUGACAAUUGAAAACUUAUCAUUUUUAAUGAUUGGAAGUUAUACCUAUCAACUCUCCAUUUUUUGGAUCUGUUUAACAUAUAAAUGCAAAUCAGUUCAGUGUUGUCCAAUAAUUUCAGUAUUGGCUAUAUAAAUAGUGAUUUUGUUUCAACCCAAGAACAGAUUAUGUCUAAAUCUCUUGAUUUACCUCCAAUUUAAAAAUGAUAGUAUCAUUUGACAGGGGUGGUUGGAUAUUAUCCAACAUAAUUUUCAGAAGGUUAACUAUCAGGUUUUUUUGUGCCCAGUAUAUAAACACAGUAAGAAAGAGAGAUGCAUUUUCACAGUACACUAAAUUUAUACAAAUUGUAUAACUUAAAAUGAUAAAUGAAGAAGUGUAGUAUGUAGUUGGCUAGUCAUGCUAAGAUAUUUGAUGCUAGGAGGUUUUUUGGAAGGGGCA